CACCCUCACAGUUGCUCCUCCGCCGCAGAAACAUUUGAGCACUUAGGAGAGACGCUUUCAUCUCAACUCCAGUAGGUUUAAACAACAGAUUUGUUCUUCUUUUUAGCUUCUUUUGACUUGGACUGCCACCUUGGGCCUUGGUGCUGCUGAGUGAGGACGACCGUGCUGAGCCGCCAUGUUUCUAGCUUUAGUGGUGACGCCAGAACUGAGGGAGUUUCUGGCCCGGGCCAGAGGUGGAGCGGUGCGCCUCAUUAAGGUGCGCAUUCAAGAGGAGCAGCUGGUGCUGGGGGCCUACAGGGAUGCGGAGCAGAGCUGGGACCAGGACUAUGACCACUUCCUGCUUCCUCUGCUGGACGAGCAGGAGCCCUGCUACAUCCUGUACCGUCUGGACUCCCACAAUGCACUGGGCUUCGAGUGGCUCUUCAUAUCCUGGUCUCCUGAUCACUCUCCAGUGAAAGAAAAGAUGCUAUAUGCUGCAACGCGGGCCACAGUGAAGAAAGAGUUUGGUGGAGGCCAUGUGAAGUAUGAGAUGUUUGGCACGAUGGAGGAGGACGUCUGCCUGUCGGGCUACCAACGUCAUGUGUCGUCCUGCUCGGGCCCUGCCCCGCUCACGUUAGCUGAGCAGGAGCUGCAGAGGAUCAAGAUCACUGAGGGCAGAGUUAAGCAGGUGAAGGCAGAGAUCAGCGUGGAAAGCAAGCAUCAGACUCUUCAAGGCCUGGCCUUUCCGCUGCAGGAGACGGCCAGACGGGCCCUCCAGCAACUGGCCCAGAAGCGCAUCAACUACAUCCAGCUGAGGUUGGAUGUCGAAAAGGAGACCAUUGAGCUGGUUCAUUGCCAGCAGACGGAGACGCGGGACUUGCCUUGCAGAGUUCCUAAGGAUACUCCGAGAUAUCACUUCUUCCUCUACAAACACUCCCAUGAGGGCGACUACCUUGAAUCUGUCGUGUUCAUCUACUCCAUGCCGGGAUACAGCUGCAGCAUCAAGGAGAGGAUGCUCUACUCCAGCUGCAAGAGUCGACUCCUGGAGGAGGUGGAGAGGGAUUAUCAGCUGCAGGUGGUUAAAAAGCUGGAGAUUGACGACGGCGACGAGCUGACGGAGGCGUUUCUGUACGACGAGGUCCAUCCCAAGCAGCACGCCUUCAAGCAGGCCUUCGCCAAGCCCCGCGGCCCGGCCGGAAAAAGGGGACACAAGCGCCUUAUUAAGGGCCCGGGGGAAGGUGUGCAGGACAGCUAAAGCAGACGAAACGUCUCGCAGGCGUGUCGGCUGCUCCUGGAACACAAUCCAGCAGCUUGUAAAAACACUGACAGCUUGAAGAAAGAGCUCGUUGUGGGACUCCUUCCUCUAUUUAAAUACCAGGAUAAGUGAUGAUGCGAAGACAAUGUUUUUUGUUGUUGUUCUUUUCAACCGUAGCAGAAUAGCUGCAGCAAGACACACGUGCACACGACAUCCGCACUCCCCCCGUGUCUCGCCCACAGCACACAUUUUGUACCACCACCUUUGUAAGA